AUGCCACACAAAGAUAGGGCGAUCCAGAGUGGCGUUCUGGAACAUCAGUAUGAGAUUCUUCGUCUUCUACUUGAAGCCGGAGCAGAUCCUAACAUACAGCAUCGCUUCGAUGAUGGCUCUCAGCUGAAAAGUCCCUUCGUGGAGUACUUCCGUUCCAGGGACGAGGUCGAUCCUCGAGUCGUUCAUUUGCUGCUGUCGUAUGGCGCAAAAGUCGUUAUGCGCAGUCCUAUCAGCAACACCCGCGGCCAGCUGAGGAACGUACUGCGCCUCGCCGCCACCCGCGAGCAGCCCCAAGUACUGAACUCAAUGCUGGAACUUGGUGAGGACUUCGACGUCAAUGCCAUCGAUCGUCUGCCUUUGCCUCUUGCUCUGAAAGGGGACAUCUUAGAACGAGCAAAGAACCCUGCCUCGCUACAGCAGAUCUGUCGUUUGAGCCUUCGUUCAAUGGUGGCGCCAUUUCGACCAGAUACGGUCUCACGUCUGCCGAUUCCUACUCACAUGAAGGAGUACGUGCUUGGCAGGUCCCACUGA